UUUGAGUCUGGUCCUUAAGAAAACAGGUAAGUAAUCAAUUUUCUAUAGAAAAGUGGUAGUUUUCUUAGUACUGAAGUUUACAGAGUGAAUUUUUACAUAUUUUAUUACCUACCCAAAUAAGAUUUUAACAAAUAUUUCCAUGACCAGGAGAGUUCUGACUGAACUUUCCCAGUAGUUUAGACUCGCAUUAAGAACUCUGUGCACAUUGGAGUUUUCCUACCAUUGAAAACCCUGCUCUAGAUUGCCACCUGUUGUCAUGCAAUUUGCAGUAACGUAAUAAUCUGUAACAUCGUGUUAAAUUUGGUUGAAAUUGGUCAUGAGUUCUAAAACUACCUGGAAAAAUUGUGCCAGGCAGACGGAAGGACAAAUGCUUGUUCAAGUAGCAUAAUUACAUAGGCUUUCUUUUCUCAGGAAAAAGGCUAGAAAUUGCACAUGACAAGAUAAUUCUUUUUGAAAUUGUCUCUUCAGAGUUUAGUCACAAAUUGGUAAUGUGAUUAUUUUAGAUUUUUCCUUCUAUCUUCUGCAUCGGUUUUAGGCAGAUAUAUGUUUCUAUAUAUUACUCACUGCAUUUACACAUUCUAAUGUUUUACUUCAAAACGUGACAGAUGUUAACACACUUGAACAAAAGCAUUGCUAAACAUCAUUAUGUGAACAUAAAUUUUAAAGUCAGUUCUUUCCAAGUUGGCAGUCAGGCCCUGCUCUUCUUAACCACGCACGUUUGAUGACUUCCAGACUAUCAGUGAUGAUGACUACUAUUUUGUUCUGAAUCCUCUUCUCCCUCUGUCUCACAUUCUUCUCUUCUGUUGUUAGCAAAUGAAUAAUACUUUACAGAUUAAAAAUAAAUUAAGGGUAGGAAACAAUGAUUAAGAAAGAGUUUUCUAGUUUUCCAAAGGAAGAAGUCACUCAGAGAAUUCUGUGGGAUCUGACAGUUCAAUGUUACAAAAAGGCUGCAAAAGGCAGUGAAUGUAGAGUUGACGAAGUCUGCAGGUGGCACAAAGUAUUCAGGAUAAUCAGCUGGAAAGCUGACUGAGGAAGGUUGCUUAAGUAUUGCACAAAUAAAUUAUAAAAUGACAGAAAAAUAAAUAACUUAGUUAAUGCAAAGUGCUUGUGUCUAGUGUUUGUAGGAAACUAAUCCUAAUAGCAAUACAUAUGGUAAGGGAGAAUCUUUUGCCACUCAGGAAUAGGCUCUUAAAAGACACUGCAGCUCAGAAGAGUCAAAAAGAGAAACAGAAUUGGUAUAAGGCAUUGGGAAAGGAGCCAAAACCAAACCAGUCAUUAUAAUUUCAAGUAAUACAAUACUUGCAUUGUUUGUACACUACAAUGUGUACAAACUAUGAUGUACAAGUGUACAUCGUUUGUACACUUGAUUACUACAUGAAAUUCUGGUCAUGCAGUGGUACUAUUGUAUAAGGUAGAAAAACCAGAAAAAUUCAACAAGGGCAUUGUGGAAUGGUUUUGGUAUGCAAAGAAAAAAAGCAAGCUUGUUUCCUCAGAUGACUGAAGUAUGAAAACUGAAGUGAGUUAUCAUAAUGGUGUAUAAGACCGUGAAGGUUUUUUUUUGUUGUUGUUGUUUGUUUGUUUUCCUUACAAUGCAAGAAUUAAGCUUAAGGAAAAAAAAAAAAAGAAGUACUAUUUUAUACAAUAUGUAACUCAAGUGUAACAUUCUGCCCAAGUAGUCAAAACCAUAAGACUGUUCAUUAUUUUCCCAGUUCCUUUACGGAGGACAUAUUCGAUGAUUCUAUUAAAUGUGAAUGGUGUCCCCACUGGUCAGGGGACUUAAAAAUUGCUGAUUGCAGGAGUUUAUUUCUUCCUUAAGCCUGCGCUACUGCCAUUUGAGGCAGGCUCUCUGGCCAGACGGACCUUCAGUUGGGGCUUCACUCCCAGUGUGGUGCAUGAGGGAAAAACAGGGUGGCAAGGAAGAAAAGGCUGCUUCUGCCUAUGGAAACCCCAUCUCCAUCUUUUCCCCGCGGGCUGAACAGUAAUCCCCUCCUUCAGUCCCGUCAGCGGAGGCCCGGAGAAUAUACGAUGCCCCCAGCACAGGCACCUUCCUCGCUCAGCACCCACCGAGGGCCGGCCGCCAUUUUGGGAGCCGGGGCAGGCGAACUACAUCUCCCAGCAGGCCCGGCGCCGCGGCGCCAUCUUGCCCCUUCGCUCCGCGGGGUAGCUCUGGCAGGCAGCGCGGGCGGUGAGCGGGGCUAUGGCGCUGUUCCCGGCCUUUGCCGGUGCCGCCGAGCCCGGGGAGACCCCAGCCGGCAGCAGCGAGGGCUCCAGGAAAGACCUGGACUGGCUGAGUAACCCAAGCUUCUCUACAGAAGAUGCACUGUUAGUGCAUCAACGCACUACAGAAGUUGCAAAUUCUACCCCUGAAAAAUCACCACUAAUAAGGACUACUUCAAGAUCAGAGCUGUCAGGGGAAAGUGAUUCAGAUGAGAAUCUGAAAAAGUCAAGUAAGAAAAGGAAAAAGAAAAAGAAAAAGCAUCACCACUAUAAGACAAAAAAGAAAGCCAAAGGGGACUCCAGUAGCAGCGAAUCAGACUUGGACACUAAGCACGUCAAGGACAGAGCUACAGCAAGUGGCAGAAAUCGCGAAAAGGAAGCAGCAGCGAAUCUAGGUGAUACAACAUCAAAUCUUACCAACAACCGCUUUGUUUGGCUUGAUGAUAUCCAGGCUUUCACAGCAGAAACCUUCAGGAUAGACAAGAAAUCAGAUCCUGCAAACUGGGCCUACAAAUCCCUGUAUCGAGGGGACAUUGCAAGAUAUAAAAGGAAAGGAGAGUCCUGUCUUGGCAUAGAUGCAAAGAAACAAUGUAUAACUUGGGACAGUCCUGCAUCCCAAAAGAAGCAAUCGCAGAGGCGACCUGAGCGCUACUUCUCAAAGAACAAUGUGAAGACAUUAAACACAGAUGGGAUUCCUGUUUGCAAUAAAAGUUCUCCAUCUGACUCAGCUGCUUUUAUACCAGUUUUCCAAACGGAAAGCAGUGAUCCUUCUGACACAACAGAGGUAAACCCUCUUGGGAUUUAUGAUCCAUCAACUACAGUGUGGCUGCAAGGAAAAGGAUACAAAGGUGCAGAACAUGAGCCUGUGAAUACACAGCAGGCAUUUCAGGAGUCUGGGAUAAAUGUUAACCCCAUUCUAAUGACAAAAGUGGAAGAAUAUAACAAGAAAGUAAGAGAAAACCCAAGAGAUAUUAAUGCUUGGAUGGAAUUUGUUUCUUUUCAGGAUGAAUUAAUGAGAGGACCUAGCCCCUACGCAAGUAUGGGAGAGCAGGAAGUAAGAAGAAAAUCACUGAAGUUAAUCUUAGAAAAGAAACUAGCUAUUUUAGAGAGGGCAAUUGAAAGCAAUCCAAGUAAUGUUGACCUGAAACUCGCCAGGUUGAAGGUUUGCACAGAGUUCUGGGAACCACCAGCUUUGAUCAAAGAAUGGCAGAAGCUAAUUUUCAUACAUCCCAAUAACCCGGAACUGUGGAAGAAAUAUCUUCUGUUCUGUCAAAGUCAGUUCAGUACCUUUUCUGUUUCAAAAAUCAAUGGGCUCUACGGAAAAUGUUUGACUACUCUGGCAGCUGUACAGGAUGGCAGCAUGGUGUCUCAUCCUCCACUGCCAGGCACAGAAGAAGCUAUGCUAGCUAUAUUUAUUCAGCAAUGCCACUUUCUGAGACAGGCUGGCCAUUCUGAGAAAGCGGUGUCUUUAUUUCAGGCUCUGAUUGACUUCACCUUCUUUAAACCUGACAGUGUAAAAGAUCUGCCAACAAAGGGACAGGUGGAGUUCUUUGAACCCUUUUGGGAUAGUGGAGAACCACGAAUUGGAGAAAAAGGAGCAAGAGGCUGGAGGGCAUGGAUGCACCAACAAGAAAAGGGUGGCUGGAUUGCUGUUGACAAGCCUGAUGAUGAUGAUGAUGAAGAGAUAGAUGAAGAUGAAGAAAUAAAGGAUAAAACUCUCCCCAAGUGGCACAUUUGGCUGGAUAUUGAAUAUUCUCGUGAAGCAAGACAUUGGUUACCUUGGAGGCCAGACAAAACCAAAAAGCAAACUGAAGAAGACUGUGAAGAUCCAGAAAGACAGGUAUUAUUUGAUGAUCUUGGACCAUCUCUGAUCCAGCUUUCUAAUCCAGACCUUCAACAUCAACUACUGUACUCAUUUUUGCAAUUCCUGGGAGUGCCAUGUAUAAGUAAACUCUUUCCUCCCAACCUCUAUAUUGCCAUGGAUGAAAAUAACAUCUUUGACAAUGUACUUUCCGAUGAAAAGCCACUGACUUCUGUUGAUGUGCCACUGUCUGGAUUCAACAGUAUUGGUCAUAUGGACACGAUGCUAAGAGGCAGACAGCAUAUAGGCCACUAUAAAGAUGGAGAGGAGUUCAUACAGAACGUUUUUCAUGCUCUAUACCUGCUAUUUUCAGGAAAGGAAAAAUCUCACCUGUCCAUUUGUUGGUUACAGUAUGAAAUAUCUAAGGUAGUUCAGUGUCUCCAAACAAAAAACAAGAAGAAGCUGAAAGCACAAGGGAGGAAAAGUAAAAAAUUGGCCAAGAAUCUCCUUAAAGCACCUGACAACCGAAAUGACCUUUCUCUCUGGAAACUGUAUGCCUACCUAGAGUGGCUGCUUGGUAACAUCGAUGAUGCUAGGAAGGUAUUUGACACAGCUCUUAGCACAGCAGAGACGGGAGGAUUGAAGAGUCCCAAGCUGUGCAGCCUCAGUCUGCUUUAUGCUCAGCUGGAAGUGGAAUUACUAAAAAGCCUGGAAGGAGCUGUCACGUCACGCGCUGUUCAUAUAUUGACUAAAUUGACUGAAAGUGGACCAUACGUGCCCUAUAAUGGACAAGUGUUAUCUGUUAAUGUCUUGAAAGCUCGUAAGACGUAUGAGCAUGCAGUGCAAGAUUAUUUAAGUAAAACACCAGUUUCUGAUCGGGAUCAGGUCGGUGAGUCUAACCAGCUGGUGAACUUGGUUGGUUGUUACGCAGUGUUCCAGUACUUGACUGUUGGGAUCGAUGCUGCGGUAUUGAUAUAUGCACAGGCUUCGGAAAAGCUUCAAGUUCCUGCUCCAGAGGAAUGUGAAAAUACCAGAGCGAAUUCUGGCGUUCAGAAUCUUCCCAGUGCUCUUGAAGCUGUCGCACUGCUGCACACAAAUUUACUCAGGUUCCACAUGAAAAUUAGUGUUUAUCCUUUGAAUCCUUUGCGAGAGGCCCUAACGGAGGCGCUGAGGCGAUAUCCUAGCAACCAGUCCCUCUGGAGGUCGUACAUCCAGGUCCAAGGGAAGUCUCACACUGCUGGCAAAGCACGAAGGUUUUUUGAUGGUGUCACAAGGUCUACCAACUCUUUAGAGCCGUGGCUGUUUGCAAUCCAAGCAGAGCAGAUGAGAAAAAAACUUACUGAGCACGUCCAGAGGGCAGAUGUUGGUGAAAUAUAUUCCACUAUUCCUGAAACUGGGUUAACGAAUAGGAUUAUAGCUCUAUUUGAACAUGCAAUUCAGAGUGAGAAUGGUACCCAUUGUCCGCUGCUGUGGAGAAUGUAUUUGAACUUUCUGGUUUCAGUAGGAAAAAAAGAAAAAAGUAAAGGAUUGUUUUAUAAAGCCAUUCAGAACUGUCCUUGGACAAAGGUACUGUAUAUGGAUGCAAUAGAGUACUUCCCUGAUCAGCUGCAAGAGACACUUGAUCUAAUGACUGAAAAAGAAUUAAGAGUGCGGGUACCUAUGGAAGAGCUGGAUCUACUGUUAGAAGUCUAAGAGAAGAUUGUGUAAGAGUGAAAAAAGUACACAAGCUAGUUCCAAAACUAACACUUAGAACUGUCUCUCUACAAGCUGGAGCUCUGUUGGGACUUGGGUACUAUGUACUUUUUUUUUAAAGCUUUUGUACAAAUUGCUAUCAAAAUGGAGUUCUACUAGCUGUGAGUAUUCUGGGAUCAAGUACUGCAUUUUGCCCACAGAAAUGCAUCCAUUUCUCUGAAGUAUUGCUGACUCCCACAGAAGGAUGCCCUCUCGCAAAUAUCCUCCUGUUGAAUGUUGCCCACAUUUCUUAUUCUAUUGUUUGAAAUUACAUUCCCUGGAGUUCAAUAGAGAUUCAGUACAUGCCAAUUAUGGUUUGGUGAACAGCACAGGAAAUAAACAUCUGCCAAGUGGAUGCUCCACUGUCCUCCAGCUGGCAGACUUCAGUAAUUUCCUUCAGCUUGGUAUGCGUGUGUAUAUAUAACUACCGAGUCAAACAACAGUUACAUCUGUUCAUAAACAGUGAAGGCCAAAUCUUUGCUUGUGCAGGCACCUAUUUUGGACUUGUGUUUGUAUGUUUUGACAGAUGACCAUUUUAAUAUGAAUAUUUAUGAAAAAUAUACCUUAAUUUUUAAAAUUCAAAUGGAACUUGAAUUAUUUUCUUUCUUAAUUUAAUAAGAUUGUUAAUGUAUCAACAAUGUAUCAACAAUGAAAUUUUAUAGUGCAUCUCUAAGCAGCCCAAUUUAAAAAAAGUUUUUGUAAUUGAUUACUCUCUUUUGACCCAAAUAUAGGCA